UCGAGCCAUCAAGCACGAGAAAUCCCAGUGCUUGAUCGACCGACCAAACUGCGAUCGGCAUCUGAAAGAGAUCAAGGAAUCACUCAGUCUUGAUACUUGAAUCGAACGAACCACGCCUAACUAGCUAGAUCGAUCCGAGAGAGCCCCAUCUCAGCCACGGCCAUGGCGUCGGCGUCGACCUCGCCUUCCCUUGCCCUCUCGGGCCAGCUCCUGUUGCAGGUGUCGUCGCCCCGCGUGGGCCUCCUGGGCGUCACGCGCCAACGUUCUUCUUCGCUCUCCAUGGCAGUGGGCGGACCGGCUUCGCCUGUCCAGCCGCCGGCGCAAGGCAACGGCGGCGGUGGCGGGCAGGUUCAUGUCGCCACGCCGAGGGCGGCGGCGCUGAUGGCAGUGAGAGGACCAACGCUGCUCGGUCAACUGCCGGCGGAAGGCACUGGCGGCGGUGGCGGGAAAGUUCAUGCCGCGCCAACGUGGGCGCUCAGGUCAGUGGGAGGGCCAACGAUGCCGCCUGCUCGGCCGCCGGCGGAAGGCGGCGGUGGAAAAAUCCAUGCCGUUCUUCCUGCUGCUGCACCUGCAGCGAAGUCCUAUUGGAGCUGAUCGAGUACAUGAGAACUUGACAAAGUGAUGAGGAGCUAACUGUCGGGCGUUGCAUGUUGGUUAAUUUUGAUGAUGUUAGGUUGUUGAGCUAGUAGUUUACAUAAUUCGAGGUUCAGAUGAAAGGUGUCUGAAUUUCAGUUGUCAGCAGCGAACAUGUAUGUAGGUGGAAAUCCUAACUUGCAGUUGGUACACAAAAUGUCAAAGUAGGCGUGAGAUAUCUUCGAAACGUAGUAUGAAUGUA